AUGGCGGGGCGACAGCGCGUCUCUGGCAUCGCAGGGGGGUCUCUGAGCCUUGGGGCCGUUGGCAGCGGUUUUUUAGGGAAGAUGAAACCCCUUUUUUUGAAAGGGCUCAUCACAAUAAAAGAAGCCCAUGAUAUAGAAGCCAGGCUUAAUGAAGUGGAAAAGCUUCUGAAGACUGUUAUAAACAUGCCCUGGAAGUAUUCAAGAUCUGAAGUCGUCCUCACGUUCUUUGAGAGAUCUCCUUUGGACCAAGUUCUAAAAAAUGAUAAUGUCCAUAAGAUUCAGCCAAGCUUUCAAAGUCCAGUUAAAAUAUCAGAAAUCAUGCGCUCAAAUGGAUUUUGUUUGGCCAACACUGAAACAAUAGUCAUUGACCACAGUAUACCCAACGGCAAAGAGAAGCACCUGGACGUAGAUGCAGCAGAACACUUGUUUGAAAGUGUUAGUGACUUUACCUCGGAGCUAGAAGACAGCGAUGAUCCAACAGCUUAUGUCACCAAUUUGACAUACUACCACCUGGUCCCCUUUGAGACUGAUAUUCUGGACUGAGGCUGCUCGGGGACGCAGUCAGCCAGCACCCAGCUGACCGCUUUGUCCACAGGCUCUGCUGUCUCCGGCCUUGCAUCUCUGUGAAGAAGGCUGUGCGGGCAAGACCAGCAGCAGAGAAGUUGCAGCAAGUACGCCACAAAGCUGGUUUUGUAGUCUGGCCAUCCGUUGUGUGUUGUGGAGACAUCUUGUAAGGAGGUGACUGCUUCGCUGUUGACAACAAACUCGUUUUCCCUGAAAGGAAGGCAGUAGAGGCCACUUGGGGCUGGAGGAAAUCUCUGCUGUGUCUGUGGGAACUGCCACUCUGAUGCAGCCAUCAGAAACUUCUGCUGUAGCAUGCUGUCACCCAUGCUCCUUGGCUUGCAGUGCAAGUUGA